UCUUAUUUAUUAUUACGAGACAAACAAACAAUAUUAAUUAAUUUUUAUGCAAGAGAAUAGCAAUAAAAGAAAGUAGGCCAAGUAUACAUCGAUACACAAGACAUGAAAUACAGCCUAAAAUCCUCUAAUAUAUAUGACAGAGCUAUAGAUGAUUUAUGGAAUAAUUACGGUUUUAACUUUUUAAGAGUUUUGAAUUUAGAUUUGAAAGGUUGUAUAGUGUCUUUGACAGGAUGGCAGAACAGAAAUAAGAUUGCUGCCAAGAUAAUUAAGAAAGCGACUAUAGGAGAGUUGAAACUAUGGCCGAAAUUACUACAUCCCAACAUACUCCCUCUCUACGAACGUAUCAGAUUAGAAGAGUAUACUGUGGCUUUCAUUAUACCACUGAAGUCCGGAAAUGUAUUAGAAACAAUGAAAAGAGAACAUUACAAAAAUUACUUCGACAGUUUCUUUAUUCGCAAGAAAUGGUUGUUUCAAAUAUUAUGCGGGCUUAAUUUUAUGCAUCAAAAGGGUCUUUAUCAUUUAAAUAUGAAAUUAGAAAACGUGUUAAUAUCGAACAGAUCGAACGUUACAAUAUGCGGAUUUCAAUUUAUAACUACCGAAAACAUCAUAGAAGAUCCGAAGAAGAUUGGAUGUAGAAAGGCUUAUUUACCACCAGAAGUUUACUCGUGGAAUAAAAGUGAUUGUAUAAAAUACGUUUUUGUAUCAGAAAAAAUCGAUAUGUGGUCAUUUGGCAUAAUUGCACUAGAAAUAAUUACCGGUAAACCCAUAGAAAAACAUUCUAUGCUAUGGAGGAGAUUCAGUACAGAAUGGAUGAAAUGGAAUAAAGGGAUAGAAAAGAUGCUCAAAAGGAUUUUAAAUGAUCGAAAUCAAUUUAAAAUUCUUAUCACUGAUGCUUAUCCAAUGAUUAAAUUUCUACCUUGUCAUAUCUGUAUCGUUAUGAAUUUCUUAAAUCAAUUUAUUAAGAAAAAUUCCACGAAAAGAUCAUCCGCCCAGUACGGAAUGAAGCACGAUUUAUUUUAUGUAGUCAGCAUUACUGCAAUUGACAGACGUGCCAACUGAAGAUAAUAGAAAAUGAAUAGCGAUGGAAGAUAAAGAACAUAUUGUACGCUUGAUUUUAAUCGUUGCGUGACACGAUUGAAUUGCCGUUGUAUUGCUUUAAAUGGAGAGAAACGUGUAAAUAAAUUUCCUGCAAUGUAGUCAUUUAUCGAAAUAUGAUGCUGCAGUUGCGUGUUUAUAUUUGGUUUUGUUUGAUGAGACACGGCGGUGCAAUAUUUGCAAGGAGAUGCAACGCGAAAACAUGGUGCAUUCUACCAUGGGCAAAAAAAGGGGUAAUUACCUGGGUUCCCCACCAACAGGGAGCCCAAACUAAUCUUUUAUAAACUCCUUACUGUACUAAGAAUAUCGAAAUCUAAAUUUGGGCCAUAUCUGGGGUGCUAGAUUGCCAGUGUAAUGCGGGCUCGGGGUGCACUGGCACAGAGAUGACGCAUUAAUAAAGGAACGAGGAUACCGAAGGAUUUCCCUAAAAUUCCCCGAACAAAACUGAAGUCAACGUUGUACAC